GUUAGCCCAGGAGCAUAAACCGAACACUCCCUCCAACAAGCAAUCCGUUCAGAAGACACUUCCGGGAGAUGUGUUGGACGCUUUUUUCGCUACUUUUAGUCUUAACGCUAACUUUUUAGAUCAACUCCAUUAUAAUUUUCCAAAAAUAACAAGUUGACGAAGACGCAGGAGUAACCCGACACAUAGAAAGUUGAAGACAAGAGGACGAAAAUAAGCAGGAGUCGCUUUUUUUAACAGCUUUUUCUCCUUAGACUUUAAGAAGAUGAUGGAGGCAUCGGAGGAGAACGGAGACGUCGCUGCCGCGUCCAACACCACAGAGGAAGAAGAAACGCCUCCAGAGGACGGACGUCACGACGAYGUGGACUUAAAGGAAACAAACAGCAACUCCAACCACGCAGGUGAAGACGCAACUGACAGUUCGACGACGGCCGCAGCAGCAGGGGUCGCCGUGGAAACGGACGAAAGCCAAGAGGUGACGGUCGCCCCCCAGAAACCAAACGGUGGACCUGUGGUCAUCGAAGCCAGCAACAAGAACCUGGCCAGCGAGAAGCUGGAGCGAGUCCGCAAGUGGAGCAUCAGCAAAUACAAGUGCACCCGGCAGGCUCUGGCCGAGCGGAUGGGCCGCGGCUCCCGGACGGUGGACCUGGACCUGGAGCCGCGCCUGGAGCUGCUCAGAGACGACCGGCAGCGCUACGACCACAUGACCAAGCUGGCUCAGACGCUGGCCAGUCAGUUCGCCCAGUUCUCCGUCACCCAGAAGGCGAUGGCCGACGCYUUCACYGAGCUCAGCUUCAAAACCAAGAACCUCCACGUGGAGUUCGACAUGAACGCUGAGGCUCAAAAGUUUCUGUCGAAGAGCACAGAGACCCUGCAGUCGGCCAUCAACGCCUUCACCUCCGACAUGAACACUCUGGUGAACAAAACCAUCGAGGACACCAUGAUCAACGCCAAGCAGUACGAGGCUGCCAGGAUCGAGUAUGAUGCGUACCGAGUGGACCUGGAGGAACUGAACAUGGGCCCACGGGACGCCAUCACCCUGCCUAAGCUGGAGCAGGCCCAGAAAACCUUCCAGGGCCAGAGGGAGCGGUACGAGAAGGUCCGGGACGACCUGUCCGUCAAAGUCAAGCUGCUGGAAGAGAACAGGGUGAAAGUCCUCCACAACCAGCUGUGGCUGCUCCACAGCGCCGUCGCUGCUCACUGCUUGUCAUGUCACAGUUUCCUGGAGAAAAACAUGCAGCAGGCCGUGGAACACCUAAACGUCGCCAGCGCUGACGCCCCCUCCUGGCUGGAGGAGAGCUGACGAGCAUCAGGACCAGUUUGAGAGACUUUAAGAUGCGUUUGAAAGGUUUCUGUUCGCUUUAUGCUGGGAGUUAGAAGGACAGUAAUUUAUUUUGGGUGAUGAAAGGGACAUUUGGGUUUGAUAUGAAAUUAUUAUUGUUUAAAAAUUAAAUUUUCCGUUUUUGAAUCACAUAUUUAAUUGGAAGAAACCAACAAACCCUCUUUGUUUCCUCGGCCGGGAUUCAAGGCGUUGUUCUGUAAAUCCGUUAAAUCCUCUGAGAGGCGCUAAGCUUCUCUUUGAACUCUGAAAAUCUGCUGCCGCUGCAGUCAGAAAGUCACAAAAGGUGCCUGAACGCCACGGCUGGAAAACAACUUCAGAGUGGAUUAGGGAUCUCAGUCCUCAGCCGACUAAAACCGCACAACUCUGUUUGCAUUUCCUUUAUUAGAAAACCAAACACUCAGGCAGCUCUCCGACUUUACAAGCCGGGAAACAUCUUUUCUAAUACAUUUCCUUUAUUCACCUCAGGAAAAUCAUUUUGAAGAGCUGAACCCAAAUUCAGAUGAGAAGCAUAAGGUUUAUAAAGAUUCAGUAAAAUAUUAACAAACCUCCAUUCUGACUCCAGACAGCUGAGGAAAUGAAGGUCUGGCUUGUUCACAGAUUCAGAUUUAAAACCUUUACCAGCUUUACAGCGACCAGUAGUUUGGAUGAGGCCAUUUCUAAAAUGCUGAGGUUUAUUUCGAACCUGAGUGUCGGUAGCGCUCGUUUUGGUGGACCAAAGGUUAAAAUGUAUUUUGUAUUCAUGUUGAUGACAACGUUUUCUUCUUUGCUAAAGUUUAGAUUUCAUUAGCUUUGUGUUUGAUGCGAUUAACAUCCAAUUAGCUGUUCUGUUGGUCACAUAACAGAAAAAUUAGGAAAUAUUUAAACUCUUCUAUCAACUAAAUGAAAUGUUGCUGGAAAUCUUCCAAUGAUGGUUUAAUCUUGAACUAAAUAUUUGUGUUUGUUAAAGAUGGUGGGAUGAAAACUGUUUCCUUCAAGUGACGUUUUAUUUUUAGGCCAAACGGUUUUAUGUUUAUUUAGUGCGACUCUUCAGGCACAACUUUAAUACCAAUAACAUGAGACUUUGUGAUUUAUUAUAUCCUUAUUUACCAGGUUUAAUAAUAAACUAACACAACUUAUUAUUUUCUACAAGCCAAAAAGAGAAACAGAAGUUCACCGUAUGCUGAUGAUGUUAAACUCUUUGUAGUUUUGCGUUAACAGCAGGUUGAGCCGUUUUAAAGAUAAUUCAGUAACAUUUUUCUCUCUAGUAACAGUCUGUAUAACACCAACUAACUAAAUAUGGGAAAGUUUAUACUUUAUCUUUCCUUAGUGGUGGUUAAAGAUGGAGACCCUGCUAUGUUUUCAAUGAUUUAUGAGAAACGUAGCCGGAUCGCUGCAAACUUGGAAAACUUUAGACGAUGUGGAAGCUGCGAUGCCUUCAGUUCUCACCAAACCGUGUUGUCUUGUUUGUGGCAGAUGCAACCGACCCAAACCGCACCGUUCUGCUACUCCUUCAGUUGGAGGUCAUUGGGUUGGUUUGGGUGAAGCUGCUGGCGACACACAACACGGUCAGUUCAUUGGAGGACAGAGAAAAACGUUGCUGAUUGGGACAAAGACAACAGAUGGUCGUCACACUAGUAUGACGUAGCGUCAGUGGUUUGGGUUUACUGCCUCCGGCCCAGUGAGAGUCAAACUGAAAUAUUCGGAACCAUAAAAUGGCCGACCAAACCGGUCCGUACCGAACCGCUCAAUGGAAAUGAGGAAACUGUGCUUUCAUAUCCAAAAUCAAACCUCCUAGGGAAGGUUUUCCCAUGUUGAAUGCCUUGUGGAACGCUCCAUAAAACAUAAUUAUGGCCCCAAUGCGUCCCAAACACCCCACCAAGGCUCCGGAGUAUCUCUAGUGAUCUGUUACCUCACACCAAAAACCUGGAUUUCUGCUUGAUUUACUCCCAGAAGUCCAUCUGGACAAUCCAGGUUUGAUUCCAGAACAUCAAACUGAUCUGCAGAACGUUUUCUCCAUGUUUAGAACCGUUCUGGAUCUAAUAAAUAAUGAAUCCUUAGUAUUUUCUUAUAAUCCCCACAAAAUCUCCACCAAGACUCUGCAAAGACCGACCAUGUUUUAAUGUUUUUGUCUCAGCUUGGUCUUCAUCCAGUUAACAGUUUUUUCUUAAAUUCUGACAUUCCAGAUUAUUUCCAGCACUUUGUUCAGUUUAAUCUGUACUCCAAAGUAAAAUCCCAGUUUAUUUCCAGGCUGUAAUUGUUGGAGGGAACAAGUGAAGUGUUUGUUUCAUUAGAAGGUUUCAGAGUCUUUAUCUGAGAUUUUCUUCAACACCAAAUCUUUAAGUUGGGAGAAAAUAUGGACCAAAAUAUCUUUUCUUUUUAUGACUAAAUUAUUGAUUUAUGUUAUUGAAAAUUUCAUGACUUAUGAUGUUUCCUGAUGUCAAACGUUUGUGUGCCUUACGUGUUUCUUAUGACUUUUCUGAUGUUUGCUCUUGUAUUUCUUUUUUUCUGUCCUUCACCUUGAAAGUAAGACAAACUAUGCAAAAGCUGUGGAUCCUUGUGUGCAAUAAAGUCCUGACUUUAAUUAUGUUUAAGCUGCCAAUAUCCAACAAACAGCUGCAUUGAAUAAAUGACACCUUCAUAAGA